AAACUUAAGUAUUAUCUAUUUUUUUUUUAUGUGUUAAGCACGUAAGUAUUGUGUUAUUCAGCAUCAAGUACAGUGAAAAUAUUUGUCAAGAUGUCGACAAUAGUGUUUAAAAUUAAUGAUAUACAAUACGAAGCUGAUGGAAGAUACGGCCCAGAUGUAUCGUUGAACGAGUUUAUAAGGAACGUUGCAGAUCUCCGGGGUACUAAAGUGAUGUGCCAAGAGGGGGGAUGUGGGGCUUGUAUCGUUGCCGUACGGGCCCCGCUACCACCUACAAAUGAAAUAAAAUUAUUUUCUGUUAAUUCCUGCCUUGUAUCGAUCUUGUCAUGUCAAAAUUGGGAAAUAACAACGGUAGAAGGUAUUGGCAAUAGAACAAUUGGCUAUCACGAAAUACAGACAAGACUGGCAAAGUUUAAUGGCACCCAGUGUGGGUAUUGUACCCCCGGGUGGAUAAUGAAUAUGUACAGUCUUUAUGAAUCAAAGAAUACAAAAGUAAAUUCAAAGGAAAUAGAGAACUCAUUCGCUGGCAAUAUAUGCAGAUGUACUGGAUAUCGACCUAUAGCAGACGCUUUUAAAAGUUUCGCAACAGAUGCCGAUAAGAGCUUACUAAACAAAUUACAAGAUAUAGAAGACUUGGGUUUCUUCAAAUCGUGUGCUGUUAAGUGCACGCAAGACAAUGAUUGGUGUAUCUUAGAUAAAGCUAGUAAUAAUGAGAUUAUAGCUAUUGAAAGUGGAAAUCACAAAUGGUUUAAGGUCUACAGCUUAAGUGAUGUGUUUAAAGCAAUAGAGGGAUGCCAUGACUAUAAAUUGAUCGCUGGAAAUACUGGACAAGGUGUAUACCACAUAUCAGGAUAUCCCAAGAACGUUAUCGAUAUUUUCAACGUGUCUGAAUUAAAGGGUUAUACAAUAGAUGUAAAUUUAAUAUUAGGAGCUGGUAUGACCUUAUCGGAUAUGAUGGAUGUUUUUAUUAAAUUAGCAAAUGAAAAUGAUGAUUUUUCAUAUUUAAAAGAAUUUCAUAAUCAUAUGGACUUAGUUGCGCAUGUACCCGUCAGAAAUAUUGGUACUAUUGGAGGAAAUUUAUACAUGAAGUUUGUUAAUAAUGAGUUCCCAUCUGAUCUUUUUCUACUUUUUGAAACUGUUGGAGCUAUGAUAACUAUCGCGGAUGCUCCCAAUAAGUCAGACACCGUGACUUUAAUAGAUUUUCUUAAACUUGACAUGAAGGGUAAAAUCAUUGUAAAUGUUAUGUUACCGCCACUAUCGCAAUGUUGUUUCGUCAAAACCUUUAAAAUUAUGCCUCGAUCCCAAAACGCGCAUGCGAUAAUUAAUGCUGGUUUUCUUUUUAAAUUUAAACAUGAUCAAGGAAUACUUGAAAAGGCAAAAAUAGUUUAUGGAAAUGUUAAUCCGAAAUUUGUUCAUGCUACUAAAACUGAAGAAUCUUUAAAAGAUAAAGAUCCUUUCGCUGAUGAUGUAUUGAAAAUAACUCUUGAAACUUUGUACGGAGAAAUCGAUCCAGAUACAGCGCCGCCAGAACCAUCAUCCGAAUAUAGGAAACUAUUAGCUGUGUCUUUGUAUUAUAAGGCGAUCCUCAGUUUAUGUCCCGAAACAAAAAUCGAUAAAAGAUAUCGUUCCGGGGGAGACGUAAUUAAACGACACACUUCAAAGGGAAUGCAAUCAUACGAUACAGAUGAAAGUGUUUGGCCAUUGAACAAACCCGUGCCUAAAUUAGAGGCAUUGGUUCAAUGUAGUGGCGAGGGUACAUUUGCCAAUGACUUGCCAUCACAAACAAAUGAAGUUUUUGGUGCCUUUGUAACAGCUGAUGUUAACCCGGGUAGUGUUAUUGCUGGGUUUGAUACAACGGACGCUCUUAAGAUUCCUGGCGUAAUAGCUUUUUACGCCGCUAAAGAUAUACCCGGAAAAAAUAACUUUACGCCUAUUAAUGCCAUAUUGAAUUCAGAGGAGGAAAUCUUGUGCUCAAAAGACGUAAAAUUUAAUGGUCAACCUGUUGGUAUAAUUGUGGCUAAUAGAGAGAAAAUAGCAACAAAUGCUGCUAAGCUUGUCAAAAUAAAAUAUGAAUCAAUAUCUACCAAAAAACCUCUUUUAACAGUUCACGACGUUUUAAUGUCAACAGAAAAAGAAAGAAUAUCUUUGGAUAAAAUGGUAGAACCAACUGAUAUUGGUAAUGACGUUAAAAAAGUUAUCAGCGAUAAAGUGAUUUUCGAAUCGCAGUAUCAUUACUAUAUGGAACCACAAACAUGUGUUGUAAAACCAUCAGAAGAUGGCUUCGAAGUUUAUUCUUCAACACAAUGGCUUGACCUGACUAAUAUUGCUAUUGCUGAAUGUUUAAACGUACCUGUAAAUAGUAUCAACGUAAUAGUACGCAGGGUAGGCGGUGGUUAUGGUGGAAAAAUUACCAGAUCUUCACAAAUAGCAUGCGCAGCGGCUUUAGUGUCACAAUUACAAGGAAAGCCUUGUCGAUUUAUUUUACCUCUUCAGACAAACAUGAAAAUUAUCGGAAAACGAGCACCGACUUAUUGUAAAUUCGAAGCAGGCGUAAAUGGAACUGGAGAAAUACAAUACUUAAAAAUAAAUUAUUAUCAAGAUAACGGUUGCUCUAAGAAUGAGAAUACUUCUGUGAUAACUGUCACUCAUCUUCCCAAUUGUUAUGAAUCAAAGCGUUGGCACAUUGAAGCAUAUGGCGCACUUACGGAUACGCCUUCUUCAACUUGGUGUAGAGCGCCUGCUUCAACUGAAGGCAUUGCAAUUACUGAGAUUAUAAUGGAAAAAAUAGCCCACGAGCUGGGUAAAGAUGCCAUACAAAUUCGACAAGCAAAUAUGAAAAAAGAAGACAAUCCUAUCUCCGAACUCAUCGAACAACUAAAAAGAGAUUCUGACUAUGAAACGAGAUUACGUGAAGUAGAAGAUUUUAAUAAAUCUAAUCGUUGGAGGAAACGGUCACUUAAAUUAAUGCCAAUGAGCUAUGAAUUGUUUUAUUUUGGUCCUUUCAAUUCUUUAGUAUCGAUAUAUCAUGCAGAUGGUUCAGUAGUUAUAACACAUGGUGCUACAGAAAUGGGACAGGGUGUUAAUACGAAGGUAGCACAAGUGUGUGCUUAUAUUCUUGGAAUUCCAUUAGAAAAAGUUAGUGUUAAACCAACUACCAGUUUUACAUCGCCAAACUGUAUGCCUACCGGGGGUAGCAUAGGAAGCGAGUGUGUAGCCUACGCUACUAUGAAAGCUUGUGAAAUUUUACUAGAUCGAUUAAAACCGAUAAAAGAUAAAAUGAAUAAUGCUACUUGGAAAGAAAUUGUAGCAGAAGCGUUUAUUUCUGGAGUUAAUUUACAGGCUACUUACAUGUAUUCCACUAAGGACCCUAUAAAGUCCUAUGAUAUUUCUGGCGUUGUAGCUUUGGAAGUAGAAGUUGACAUUUUAACUGGGAAUCAUGAUGUCCGAAGAGUUGAUCUGUUAGAAGAUACUGGCAGAAGCUUAAGUCCAGAGAUCGACGUUGCACAGAUUGAGGGUGCGUUUGUAAUGGGAUUAGGGUACUGGACGUCAGAGAAAAUUGUUUAUGAUGAGAAAACAGGGAAACUUCUAACGGAUCGCACAUGGACAUAUAAACCUCCCGGCAUCAAAGAUAUACCAGCUGAUUUCAGAAUAUAUUUCAGACGAAACUCUACUAAUACACUUGGAGUGUUACAAUCGAAAGCAACCGGUGAGCCCGCUUUAUGCCUUGCCGCUGUCAUCACGCAUGCUCUCCGUGAAGCGGUGAGAUCGGCUCGAUUGGAUGCAGGAUAUGAAGACAAUUGGAUCAAUAUUGAAAAUCCGUGCACAACCGAGAAAAUAUUCAUGGCGGUGGAGCAUAAACUGGAGCACUUCAAAUUGAAAUAAAUUACCUUAUAUCUUACGUAAUAAAAAUGUAAUUUAAACAAA